ACCACACGGUUGGUUGUCGUCGUGUUUGGGUGCAGCGGCUGAAAAAAUGGCAGCUGAUACAGGGAGAUACAGAAGUGCAGUGAGUAAAAGCAAGGAUCCUUCGGGAUUGCUCAUCUCCGUUAUCAGGACCUUGUCGAGCAGCGAUGAUGUCCAAGACCGGGAGACGGAGAAGGGGCGGCUGGAGGACGCGUAUGAGAACUGCGACCGCGCUUUGGAUGAGCAGAUCGUCCAGCACUACACCGAGCUAACCACCGCUAUCCGUACCUACCAGAGCAUCACCGAGCGCAUCACCAGCUCCCGGAACAAGAUCAAACAGGUGAAGGAGAACCUGCUGUCCUGUAAGAUGCUGUUGCACUGUAAGCGGGACGAGCUGAGGAAGCUGUGGAUCGAGGGCAUCGAGCACAAGCACGUGCUCAACCUGCUGGACGAGAUCGAGAAAAUCAAGCAGGUGCCGCAGAAGCUGGAGGCCUGCAUGUCCAGCAAGCACUACCUGCACGCCACGGACAUGCUGGUGUCGGCGGUGGAGUCCCUGGAGGGGCCCCUCCUGCAGGUGGAGGGGCUGAGUGACCUGCGUCUGGAGCUCCACAGCAAGAAGCUCAACAUCCACCUGGUGCUGAUCGACGAGCUGCACCGCCACCUCUACAUCAAGUCCACCAGCCGCGUGGGCCACAAGGGCAAGGACAAGGACCGCGGCCGGGCCCAAGGCCUUGGGCCCAAAGAGCCGCCCUCCCUCCCCCUGCUGGAUGUGGGCUCCCUCUCCACUCCCCGCAAGUUCAUGGACUCAUCCUCCCAGUUCGGCACCCCCGCCUGCUCCAGCCUGCGGGAGCUGCAGGAGACGAGGGAGGACCUGGAGGUAGACCCCGAGGAGAACAGCGGAGAGUUCAUGGGCAUCCUCAUCAAGGGUCUGGCCAAGCUGAAGAAGGUUCCAGAAACCAUCAAAGCUAUCCUGGAGCGCCUGGAACCCGAACUCAAGCAGAUCGUCAAGAGGUCAACCACCCAGAUCGCUGACCACGCCUACCAGAGAGGAGAGAGCCUGUCUCAGGACAACCAGCCCAGGCUGCUGCUGGAACUGCUGGAGCUGCUGUUUGACAAGUUCAACGCGGUGGCGAGUGCCCACAGCGUGGUGCUGGCCCACCUGCAGCAGAUCGUGGUGUCCCCCAGCGGCACCCAGGAAGGCAUCAAGCUGUACGAGCAGGCUGACGUGUCUGCCAAGAUCCAGGCUGUCCUCCAGGUGCUGCUGAUGGACUACCUGGACGUGAAGAACUCGCGCAGCGCAGCCGAACCCUCGGCCCAGCUCUCCUACGCCAGCUCCACCAGCGACUUCGGAGCUUUCUUCUCCAAGAAGAAGCCUCAGCGCCCCAAACAGUCCCUGUUCAAGUUUGAGUCCUCCUCUCACGCCAUCAGCAUGAGCGCCUACCUCAGGGAGCAGAGGAGAGAGCUCUACAGCAAGAGCGGGGAACUGCAGGGGGGAGCGGACGAUAACCUGAUCGAAGGAGGGGAGAUGAAGUUUGUGUGCAAGCCGGGAGCAAGGAACAUCACCGUCAUCUUCCAGCCUCUGCUCAGGUUCAUCCAGGAGAUCGAGCUGAACAUGGGCCCCAGCCAGGCCAAGCAGUGCCAGCUGAGGAACUUCCUCACCUACUACAUCAACGACCUCUUCCUCAACCAGGUCCGCACCGAGAUCAACAAGGAGAUCGAGACCGUCACCAAAGUGUCCGACCCCCUCAAGAUCCUGGCCAGCGCCGACACCAUGAAAGUGCUGGGAGUCCAGCGCCCCCUACUGCAGAACACCGUCGUUGUGGAGAAGUCCAUUCAGGACCUGAUGACCUUGAUGCAGGACCUCAGCUCCUACUCCAACCAGUUCCUGGAAAUGGUGUGCGACAAGCUGAAGGAGUACAAGGAGAUCUGCAACACCGCCUACAGGGGAAUUGUCCAGUCGGAAGAAAAGCUCACCAUCAGCGCAUCCUGGUCCAAGGACGAGGACAUCAGCCGCCUCCUGCAGUCUCUGCCCAACUGGGCCAGCAUGGCCACGCCUCGGGCACUGAGGCAGAAGAGGGAGGAUGAAGAGGACUUCACCAGGGCGGCCUUUGCCAAGGAGUCGGAGGUGCUGACGGGUAACCUAGGAGACAAGCUGAUCCCCCAGAACGAGAUCCUGCGUGAUGUCAGCGACCUGAAGGCUCUGGCCAACCUGCAGGAGAGCAUGGAAUGGCUGGCAGGAAGACUGAAGGGCUUCUUCUCCGGACUGCCCCAGGCUCAGAAUGUGUCCCCAGGCUCGGACGCGCAGGCCGGCAGCGAGAGCACGCGCAGCCGGGAGCAGAUCCUGCAGACCCUCACCGACCUCUCCCGCGCCUUCCAGGACAUCGCUGACCGCUGCCUGCUGGUGCUGCACCUGGAGGUCAGGGUGCAUUGCUUCCACUAUCUCAUCCCUCUGGCCAAGCAAGGGAACUACGCUAUUGUGGCUAACGUGGAGAGCAUGGACUACGACCCCCUAGUGGUGAAGCUGAACAAGGACAUCAGCGCCAUUGAGGAGGUGAUGGGGGCUGCCCUUCAGCAGCACAAGUUCCAGUACAUCUUUGAAGGCCUGGGUCAUCUCAUCUCGUGUAUCCUGAUAAAUGGGGCUCAGUACUUUAAACGGAUCAGUGAGUCUGGGAUUAAGAAGAUGUGCCGGAAUAUCUUCGUGCUCCAGCAGAACCUCACCAACAUCACCAUGUCCCGCGAGGCCGACCUGGACUUCGCCAGGCAGUACUAUGAGAUGCUGUACAACAGUGCUGAUGAGCUGCUGAACCUGGUGGUGGACCAGGGGGUGCGGUACACGGAGCUGGAGUACAUAAACGCGCUGAGCCUGCUGCACCGCAGCCAGACCGGCGUGGGCGACCAGACGGUGCAGAACGUGCGUCUGCAGCGCCUCAAAGAGAUCGUCUGUGAGCAGGCCGCCAUCAAGCAGGCCACCAAGGACAAGAAGAUCACCACCGUCUGAGGCUCUCAGCCCGCCAGAACCGCUAGGGAACAUCUCCCAUCUACACUCCUAUUGCCCCAAAUCACUCUCUCCUUCACUCUCAGUACGCCAAGACCGCUACAGAGCAUCUCCCAUCUACGCCCCCUGCAGCUACAGAUAACCCCUGUCUGACACCAUCACUGUCCUCAACUCUCGGUGUUCCAAACCCGCUACACGACAUCUCCCAUCUACUUUCCUAUAGCCCCAAAUCACUCUCUCAUCUUCACUCUCUUUCACUCUUACCUCUGUCCUUCCCGACUCCUCCCCACGGUCCAGAAUCGUGUCUGACACCCACCAUCCCCCCUUGAUAGACACAGCACACAGCCCAGCUCACUCACACACUGGCCCCAAAACUUGUGUACAACCCUCUGCCCUUUCAUUGCCCAUGUAAAACGUGCGGUCACAUGUACGCGCACACACACACACACACACACACACAGUGAGCCAUCUGAAUCAUCCAGAGAUUGCGCCGUUCUCAACACCUUUAAUUAAAUGGUAGGCCACCCAUCUCAAACAUACACCAACACGCCCUGCGAGUCCACAGAUUAAGUCUGACUUGACCUCUGCUCUCUACGGGGGAUUGCUGAACACGUUUGGGGUCCGUUCUCAUUAAAUUUCCCGCUAGUGUCAAACUACUGCUUCAAUUAUUAAAGUCCCUCCUCUGCAUCUCCCUCUCAAACAUGCCGGCCGUGUCUCGAGUAACCCAUCCCACCGUGUCUGGAAUAACCCAUUCCACCGUGUCUGGAAUAGCCCAUUCCACCGUGUCUGGAUAACCCAUCCCACCUUGUCUGGAAUAGCCUAUUCCACUGUGUCUGGAAUAGCCCAUUCCACCGUGUCUGGAAUAACCCAUUCCACCGUGUCUGGAUAACCCAUCCCACCUUGUCUGGAAUAGCCCAUUCCACUGUGUCUGGAAUAGCCUAUUCCACUGUGUCUGGAAUAGCCCAUCCCACCAUGUCUGGAAUGACCCAUCCCACCGUGUCUGGAAUGACCCAUUCCACCGUGUCUGGAAUAGCCCAUUCCAGGUUAUAACUUUGGGAUCGUUGAGGGAGGGAAGCCUCAGCUCCCCACUUAUGUUUGGAAAAACGGAGAUGCAAGAUUAAAAUGUAAUUCAGAUGUCUACAACUAUGACGAUCAAAGGCUAAUCUCACCUCUCUAUCCUUACGUAUGGUAGACAAAGGGAGACAUUGAGCAAUACAUAUGGUAGGUAAAGGGAGGCGUUGAGGAUUGCUGCAGGGUGGUCUGUAUGACUCUGUAUGCGUAGGGCCUCAGCAGCGAGGCAGUUCCCCAUCCCUUCCCUCAAAAUCACAACUUUGAAGAGUUUCAUUCUGUUCUGUGUGGAAAGAAUCAUUGGGUCCCCUGGUGUUUUGAGUUCAUUAACUCUGCAGAAAAGUACUUAAUGAGAGAGGGAGGGAAAGGGAGAGAGAGUGAGAGAGAGGGGGAAGGAAAGGCUUGUCAAUAACGCCGCUCACAGGAGAGAGAGCUGCGGUAUGGUUCCCGGAGCUCCACAGUGCCAUCCAUCAUCAUGACUCGCUGUCUGAAAGCCACAGAAAAACAAGCGUGUAGCUGCGAGGGGAUUAGUGUUUCCCUUUUUUAAAUCGUGUUGUUCCAGACGCCUGACUUUCUGGUAGAGGCUGCACACAGCGAGAGCAGCCAAAGAGACCCCCCCUCCUCCCUCCUGAACGGUGAGGUUCUCCCACCCAAUGGCCAACUCGGCUCCACACUUUGUGUUGGCUGUGCAUUUGACUACCCCUUGUAGCUCUGCAGUGGUGGUGGAGGGUUAAAGUGAAGGGUGUAUCUUUGACUGUACUCAAUACAGUGGGGGGGUGUAUCUUUGACUGUACUCAGUACAGUGGGGGUGUAUCUUUGACUGUACUCAGUACAGUGGGGGUGGAAUGAUAACAGUUACGGGUGUAUCUUUGACUGUACUCAAUGCAGUGGAGGUCAGAGGUGUCUUAUCUGAAAAUGGCCGGUGUGGGUGUAGGCUUAGUCCAGCACUACAAAACCAGACUCAACUCAUGAACUAAUCGUGGUCUUCAGUCAUGCCCUUGAUCAGUAGAAUCCGCUGUCUUCAUGCUGCCAGCACCCACGCUGGCCCUUCUUGGGUAAGAUUGGACACCCCUGGUGUCGGUGGAAUGAUACAGUGAUGGGUGUGUCUUUGACUGCGCUCAGUACAGUGUGUGUAUGGUAUUCCUAGCUGCCCCCUGAGAUGAACAGUGCCAUAUGUUAGUGGAAGGACACUCAAAUCUCAAGUCCAACACAUUGGACACACAAACACUGAUAAGCACUGGAAAAGGCACUAUCGCACAAUAUUACUGCUUAAAUACUGCAAUACUCGGACAAUUGUUUGAUAUUACUUUUUAAUUUGUCAUUAUGCCUUUUAAUUUUUUUUUUAUAUUAAUUUUGUUCCUUACAUGUCGCAUAUUAAAUAAUUGUUGUUCAACAACUGUUUGAUAAGAAUGUACCAUGUGUGUUUGUGUGAUUCAAGACUUGUAUAAAAGGGCGUGUCUUCAGAAAUUGCCUGAUUUGGCCAUGUACUCAAAUGUCACAGAAAAUUAAAGAAAUAAAAUGUUUAAAGUGCA